AAAAAUGAAACACCAUCCAGAUUUGUAAGACAGUGAAGGCUAUCUAAAAGGCUUUUCCUAUGACCUUCCUCAAACAGUAUGUGAGGCAGAUGAUAUGGAUUGUAGGACAAUAUGAGACAAAUAUACCAAUUGUUGGGAUUCAGAACCGGGAGAGCACUCCAUGGGAGGACAAGGUCUACUUGACAGAUGGUACGAUGCGUGUAUGAAUUGGUCUCCAACCGUUGGAAGAACCCACGUUUUCUCUUUCUCACAGUCUUAUCGCAAGCUCAUCCCGGCUCAAUUUUACAUAAAAUUUGACGAUACCAUGUUCGAUCCGACAAACAUUACGGGGAAGAAAAUAGGAUUUCUGGAUGGCUAUUCUUCUGAUGAAAAAUGUCUAGUUAGACAAAGCGACAAAAUCAUAGGGGCGUACGUACAGCCUGAUAAUGUUCUUCACGUAAAUGGCCCUGGAGAACUAAUCGAUAAGAUCGUCAGAGGCGAGGUAGCCGCGGGUUUCUCAGGUGAAGAGAAUAUGAAACAAGCCAUUACUGAAAAGAAGGUGAAGAAAUCGGGCGGUGAUAUUUUGUGUAAGCUUGGUGGAAAUGCAGUAAUGGCCAGAAAAGACAGUCCUUUCCUCGGUAAACAAUAAUAUUAUAUUUUGGAUAGGUUUAGCGAUAUGGUCGUCUAAAAAUUAACGAACUGAUUUUACAGACCAAUCGAAUGGUAAAUAGUAUUUUUGAAGCCCU